UCUUCUUAUUCUAUAUAUUAUUGUUUCCUGCUCAUUACACCCUUCCCUAAAUCUCUUCUCUCUCUCAAAAGUCAGCGCCUUCUUUUGUCUUCUCUCUCCAACAUUAGUUGCAGAAGCAAGGUACUCCUUCUCAGAGCUUUGUCGACCCUUGCCAUGGACGACGAUUGGGAUCUUCACGCUGUCGUCAGAAGCUGCACCUCUUCAUCCUCCUCCAUCGCUGCUACCACCACCUGCCCCAGUUCCUUCACCAGAGCAGACUUUUGCUUUUCUUCUUCGUCUUUUGCGAGUGAACAAGCUGGCCCUCUUUUCUCUGCUCCGGAUCCAUUUGAAACAAGGAAUGCUAUUGGAGAGUUGCAUGAGCUUUACAAGCCCUUUUUCCCCAAAUCUCAUCAGGCUAUUUUUUCUCCAAAACCUGCUUCCAUCUUUUCUCUUGCCGAUUCCAACAAGGAACAAACUCAGAUAAAGCAGCCUAAGCAAUCUCAUGCUCUCUCAGUCUCUUCUACUGCAAAUUCUCAUACUCCUCGAUCUAAAAGAAGGAAGAACCAGCUAAAGAAAAUAUGCCAAGUACCAGCAGAGUCUCUCUCUUCAGAUGUGUGGGCAUGGCGAAAAUACGGGCAAAAACCCAUCAAAGGCUCUCCAUACCCGAGGGGUUAUUACAGAUGUAGCAGCUCAAAGGGGUGUUUGGCUCGGAAACAAGUUGAGCGAAACAGAUCUGACCCGGGAAUGUUCAUAGUCACCUAUACAGGGGAGCACAACCACCCUGCACCCACACACAGAAACUCGCUCGCUGGUAGCACUCGCCAGAAGGCCCCCACACCACAAAUCGUCACGACCGGUGACUCGGACAAACCCUCGUCGCCAGCCCAACCCACUUGCUUAUCACCUGCAACUUCCAUGGAUGACGAGCUUCUACCCCAAAGUACAAACACAGAAAGCAGAGAAGAGAAAGACACAAUGGAAGAUGACGAAGAAGAUGAGUUUAGUGGGUUUUCGGAUAUGGCCGUGAGUGAUGAUUUCUUUGCGGGUUUGGAGGAACUCGCCAAUCCAGUCACCGGAGACCACUUCUCCGAUCAUCCUGUGAAUUUUGGCCUCCCCUGGGUAGCGAAUAAUGCUGCUACUGCCGCCGGCGGUAUCUAAGACUUGCCGGAGAAGCCAUUGUUGACAUGGAUACUUAUGCCUUUUUUUUAUUGAUUAAUUUUUCCAUUUGCUUUUCAUGUAUACAGUUGUAUGAUUUUGAGAGUAGAAUCUUUCAAAGGCAUCAUUCCUUUUUCGCCUGUGCUUGUGAGCGUUGUAGAGUAAAAGGAAAUUCCGUUUCUAGACCUGUACUGAUCAGUAAAAAAUUAGCAUUGAUCAUUCACCUUCA